AUGGCAGGAGCACCAGAUCAUCUGUUCAAUUUGCGUAACAACUUCUACUUAGGAGCCUAUCAAGCUGCCAUCAACACCAGCGACCUUCCUAAUCUUUCCCCAGAUGACGCUUUGGAGCGUGACUCACUUGUUUAUCGUUCUUACAUUGCCCUUGGUAGCUAUCAGCUUGUGAUUCAUGAGAUUGAUGAUUCUGCUGCUACUCCACUUCAAGCUGUCAAAUUGCUCGCUUUGUAUCUCUCUAGCCCUGAAAACAAGGAAUCCACAAUUUCAAGCUUGAAAGAGUGGUUGGCUGAUUCAGCUAUUGCAAAUAAUGCUAUCUUGAGGUUGAUUGCUGGAACCAUAUUCAUGCAUGAGGAAGAUUACAAUGAGGCCCUGAAACACAGCAAUGCUGGAGGCACUAUGGAUCUGCAUGCAUUGAAUGUUCAAAUAUUCCUCAAGAUGCACAGGUCAGACUUUGCAGAGAGACAGUUGAGGAUCAUGCAACAGAUUGAUGAGGACCACACACUAACUCAACUUGCAAGUGCAUGGUUGAAUCUGGCGGUUGGUGGUUCAAAGAUACAGGAAGCAUAUCUCAUCUUCCAAGAUUUCUCUGAGAAGUAUCCAAUGACAGGGUUAAUCUUGAAUGGGAAGGCUGAUGCAAAAGAUCCAGAGACUCUAGCUAAUCUGGUUGUAUGCAGUCUUCACAUGGGCAAAUCUUCUUCACGUUAUCUCAGCCAACUGAAGCUUUCGCAUCCAGACCACAUACUAGUUAAACGUUCAUCAUCUGCAGAAGACAACUUUGAAAGAGCGAUUCAGUCAGUUGCUUGA